AUGGGGGUCCUUGGUAGUAUGGCAAGAAAUUUGGAUACAUUAAUAGGGCCUGGAGUAAUGCUUCUUUUUCCUUUAUACUCAUCCAUGAGGGCAAUUGAAAGUCCUUCAACCUUAGAUGAUCAGCAGUGGCUAACUUAUUGGGUUUUAUACUCCUUCAUAACCCUCUUUGAGCUUUCAUUUUACAAGAUCUUACCAUGGUUUCCGAUUUGGCCAUACAUGAAGCUUGUGUUUUGCAUGUGGCUGGUAUUACCAAUGUUCAAUGGGGCUGCUUUUUUAUAUGAGAAUUAUGUGAGACAAUAUGUAAAAAAUAUAGGAAAUUAUGGAGGUUUCAAUAAGUAUCAAGAGGAACAAAAGAAAGUCCUUCAGAUGAUUAGCAUGGAUGCAAGAAAAGCUGUUGAACGUUAUAUAGAUAGAUUUGGCCCUGAUGCCUUUGAGAGAGUAAUCAAAGUGGCUGAGAAAGAAGCAAGGAAGCACUAA